CCCCCUGAAAGCACACAAACAAGGGGUGGGCGUCAGUGGGAGGGUUUCCCCAACUAUUUAAAGAGAUUCCAGCAGAUGGUUGAGGAACUUUGCUCCUGGUCUUCCUCGCUGCUCCUCAUCGGACCUCCUCCCUCUGCUCCUCCAACAACUCGGCUUCGGUGGAACGAGAAGCUGCUCAAAGACUUUUCCUAUUCAUCCAGAGAGUUUGAUCUCAGUUUUGCUGCAGGAUUCAGCAGCUUUUUCCCUCAGCAGGGAGGAAAUCAUGCCUUCCGACUUUCUCACACCUUUCCUGGAAGUGGAUGAAGAGUUCUGCAAGAACUUCAGUGGCCUGGAAGCAGCAGAUGGCUCGUCCUGCAGCUCACAUCACCGAGUCCUCGGCUUUCAGAGGCGCCACUCGCUCUGCCCCGUGACCCUCCCCAACUCCAAGUUCAACAGCAGCUCCGAGUUGGUGGAUUCGGGCUGCUGGGGGCUGGGCCUGGCCCCCCAGCAGCCCUGGAACCGCGAGCUUCCGCGCUCCUCGCUCAGCCACAUCCCCUUCAGAGUGGACCGCUCGGUCAGCAUGAUCGAGGGACGGGCCGACAAGAGCGCGUCCCCACCUCUGCUGCUGCCCCCGCCGGGCCUGUGUGUCAGCAGCAACGGUGCCGCCCCCUCCAGGGCGCCGGUGCCGCCGCCGCACAUCUCCACCCGCUACAAGACCGAACUGUGCCGCACCUACGAGGAGAGCGGCUCCUGCAAGUACGGCGCCAAAUGUCAGUUUGCGCACGGCCUGGACGAGCUGCGGGGCCUCAGCCGACACCCCAAGUACAAGACGGAGCCGUGCCGCACCUUCCACACCAUCGGCUUCUGCCCGUACGGCGCCCGCUGCCACUUCAUCCACAACGACGAGGAGAUCCAGGCGGCUCCGCACCGGCAGAAGCUGAGGCCUCCGCCGCUGCGCCACAGCCUCAGCUUCGCUGGCUUCUCCUCGUCCCGCCACGCCUUCCAGCCCGUGGACUCCCUGCUCUUCACCCGGGCCUCCUCCGUCUCGCCUCCUCCGUCCUCCAUCGGGAGCCCGGAGCUCCUCUCGCCUCUCUUUCCCGAGCCGGGGACCCUCCGGCACUGCCCCCACCUCUUCACCGGCAUCCACGACCUGUCAGGCGAUGGCGGUUUCUCUGCUGCCACCGACUCCUCCUUCACCUCCUCCUCCAGCAGCAGCAACUACAAACCCCUCCCUCCCCACCUCCCCCUGCAGGACUGCCUGGGCCUGCAGCGCAGCUCCUCGGCCGACUCCCUCUCCGAGGAGGGCUACACCUCCUCCUGCUCCCUGAGCUCCUCCUCCAGCGGUGCCGAGUCGCCGAGCUUCGAGGGCCGACGCCUGCCCAUCUUCAGCCGCCUCUCCGUGUCAGACGAGUAGGGAGGGGGGCGUGCUGAACUUUAAUUUAAAAAAGGCUUUUAUUUCUUCUGAAAUCGGCCAACUAUGUUUGCAUAUUGCAUUUCCUCUGAGAAAGUUGGUCCGGUUUUAGCCGUUUCCUGUCAGCUUUCUGCGCCCUCCUGCUGUAUACUGUUGUAUACCCGUGUUUAUGAGUAUAAAUAGGGCGGGCAUGACCCCCCAGGAUCCAUUAGGGUGUUGACCGACUGUUUGGUGUCAUUAGUUUUGACUUGAUUGUAUUUUGUUGACCUGAAGCCAGCACGGGUUACCAAAGUUUUCCUUCUGUCCGGUUAGCCCCUAACUGCAGUGUUGUGUAUUUGUGUCAUCCUAACAGCGUAUUUAUUGUUGUGAGAUGUUGUGAUUGUGAUUGGACGGUUAGGUCCACGCUUUAAGAAGGCCCGCAGAGAGGAGGGGAUGGGAGGAGGAGUCUUGGCAUUCUGCGUUCAUGUUGCCUUAUCGGCCUAAAGGAAACGUUUCCCGCUUUCUUGGUCUCCCCUCCUCCCGGAUCGGCCUGAAACCCCCCACUGGAAUUUUUAUUAUGACGACUGAACAUUUGGACCACAGAAAAUCUUUUAUUUUCAUCAAAAGUUGGACCCUGACCUGCUGUGAGCCUGGAGGUCGUUGCACGCCGUCUAGAUGGAAAGCUCUGGAGCGGCAGGAGAAAUCACGUCAUUUCGUCUUUUUAAUCUUUUUUUUUUUUUUUACCUGAAAUCGACUCUACCUGCCCUCCUCGAGUUCACAAGCGCUGGUUGUAUUUUGACAACAAGAUGCUUUUUCUCUUUUUUAAAAACUCAUUAACUUAAAAGUUCUAUUUAUUUUGUUUUUAUUUUUUUUUUAUAAAAACAAAACCUUUAUUGUGUUGUUUAUUCCACGUAAAUUAAGUGCAUCUAUUGUUUACAUUCCAGCGGUUAUGUCUGUAACCUUGCUUUUUAUCUUAAUAUAUUUGUGCAUCUUUAUUUCAAAAUAAAAGUCUUGAAUCUAUAAAGUGGUUGUUAACUAUCGUUUAUUUUCUGACAGAAAAAGUUGUCAGCGUUAUGUCAGUGUUUCCUUUACAUCACGGGUCAGUCAAUCCCACAGGAGACCAAAAUCCAAAACACACCUGAGGUCACGGG